GGAGGAGCCGGGGGAGGAGGCAGCCGCUGGGGCUGGCGGCCGAGUCACGGAUUCCAUCUGCGGAGCUGACCGGGUGCUGGACCCGCGGCGGCCCUGUGCACCCCGGCCUGCGCGCGCCCGCCGCUGUGGGUCCCCCAGGCUGAGGCGCCCACGGCUGCGUGAGGCCGGUGGGGUGGGCAGAGGGAGGAUCGGAGGGUGCGGAGCAGGCGUGAGGCGGCCGGGGGCCGGGAGCCAUGUCCAUGGAGGACCCCUUCUUUGUGGUGAAAGGAGAGGUACAGAAAGCUGUCAACACUGCCCAGGGGUUGUUUCAGAGAUGGACAGAGCUCCUCCAGGACCCCUCCACAGCAACCAGGGAAGAAAUCGACUGGACCACCAAUGAGCUGAGGAACAACCUCCGGAGCAUCGAGUGGGAUUUAGAGGACCUUGAUGAAACCAUCAGCAUAGUUGAAGCAAAUCCUAGAAAAUUCAACCUCGAUGCAACUGAACUGAGUAUAAGAAAAGCUUUCAUCACAAGUACUCGGCAAGUUGUCAGGGACAUGAAGGAUCAGAUGUCAACUUCAUCUGUGCAGGCAUUAGCUGAAAGAAAAAAUAGACAGGCGCUGCUAGGAGACAGCGGCAGCCAGAGCUGGAGCACUGGCACGAUGGAGAAGUACGGGCGCCUGGACCGUGAGCUCCAGUCAGCCAACUCCCAUUUCAUUGAGGAGCACCAGGCACAGCAGCAGUUGAUCGUGGAACAGCAGGAUGAGCAGUUGGAGCUGGUCUCUGGCAGCAUCGGGGUGCUUAAGAACAUGUCCCAGCGCAUCGGAGGGGAGUUGGAGGAGCAGGCAGUAUCGGCGCCAGUGGUGCGCCAUAGCCGUCCUCUUUGUCAUCCUGCUGGUCGUGCUGAUCCUCUUCCUAGUGCUGUGACGCGGAACCGGCGGGGAGGAGGAGCGGCCGUGCAGGCGGCGUUGCCACCUCCCCUCCUUCCUGCCCUGGGAACCCGGCCUGCCUUGACUUUCCUCUUUGUGACCCCACAAUUGAGACAGCUCCCUCGUCCGGGCACGGGAAAGGCCCGUGGGAAGAGGAGGAGGACUGCGCGCUUCCGGCACUGCCUGUCCUGUCCUGAGGACAACCUGCCACCGCUUUGCCUCCCUGGACCGCUUUGCCUCCCUGGACGGCUUUGCCUCCCUGGACGGCGUUCCCCACAGACAGCCUCGGAGCAGUCCAGAAAAACUUGCAGACUCAACAGAUGUUUGCAGUUGCUCAUAUCAUCUGCCUUUGGCAGCUCCUUUCUCCUGCUCAGACCCCUUCCCCGUGCUGGGCAGCGCCCCACCGUCCCAUCCAGGAGACCCUGUUGGGCAUGCAGGCUCCUGGGUGUGACUCGUUUCCCGUUGUGGUAGCAUUCCACAGCCUCUGAGAGCUGGCUCUCCGUGGGGACAAAGGCCCAGAAGCAGUUUGUGACACAAAAUGCAGUGAUUCGUUUUUUCAGGGAUUAGUGCUGGGGUAAAAUUGCUUUUCCAGGCAUUUUUUUUGUGGUAGGAAUAACUAAUGGAAAAUUAUGAAAAGCACUGGGCUUUGGGGGUGCUAACAACCUGUGGUUUAAAGGAGGCAAGGGCGUCAGGACCCUGAGUUUGCACAGCUGAGGGAGGGUGGGGGACGUCCCCGGAGUCAGAGCCUUGCCCCGUUCACAUGGCUUUCCUGCCUCCCCGGGGGUGCAACUUGUAUUUUUGGACAACCCUGAAAUAUAUGGCCACUGAGCAGCUCAGCGGCACACUCCUGGGUUAACAUCCGGGGCUAGCCUUGUCGGCAGUUAUUUUAUUUAUUCUUGUGGUACUCUACUUCGAGGGGAUGGGAUUGGAGUGGUUAGUAUAUUACCACAUUUACUCAAAAACUGUAAUGACAGAAAAGGCUAAUUCUGAACCUGACGUUUUUUUACCCUGUGAGUAAUGGCAAGAAUGGGUAGGUAAACUUGGGUUUUUUUCCCUAAGAUGACAACUCGAUUUUUAUCAUCCACUGAAUAACUGAGCCAAUCCAAAUUUAAACAGCAGUUGCUUUAAUUGAGUUGUAGUAGCUGAAACUCAAGCUUCUGAUGACUUUUUAAAUGCCUCCGAUGUGCAUGUGUACAUAGGAUAUUUGUCGGACCGCCCCGGUGGGUAGCCUGAUAGUAACGGAGCAGCAGGGCCGGGAGCCAGAGCCUGGUGGUACGGCUGCGGGUCUCUCUGGCGUUUGCACUUUUUAGGAAGUGCAGCAACACCUGAGUAGACUUCUAGCCAGACUUGUCAUUUCCUUAUCUUUAGGGGUCCAUGCUCCAGCACACUAGUUUUUUUUUUACUUUUGUUUUCCUGGUCGUAUUUCAUGGGUUUUUGUUCUUUUGGACUCCCCUCCCCCACUUUUCAGUGAUUUGCAGCGAUGUAGUUGCCCCACUAACUUCUGAAUUGCACUUUUUAAUAAAUAUUUGUAACUGUUUUUUAAAGAAAGGUAUUUUCUCAUGUUUAGGAUCAUGGUAGGCAAGUCAGUCUUCAUGUUGAUGAAUGCUAAAUAUAGAUUUAUAAAACUAAAAAGAUGGUUGACAUCCAUGUUUACACUCGAUUUGAUGAGUAGGUUCUUUUCAAAUUAGCAAAAAAAAGUGAUUAUUACAAAGGGCUUCAUAUGUAGGGUACUAGAUUAUCAUUUUACAAAGUUUUGAGAUUUAUUCAAAUCAUCUAUAAACUUAGAACAAGGAUGGUCCUUAGAUUUGCAUUAAAAUAUACAAGUCUUUGUUAAAUAUAUAUGUGGACUUGUCUCAGUACUGUAAGCCUGCUCGCCACAUUACAAGGAGCACCUAGCCUCAGCAGACUAUAUGAGCGCCCUGUUGAAAAGCCAUGCUACUGUCCUGCUGUUAGCAGAUCAAGUGUGUCCCACAAAACAGUCUGUGUCCAUAGGGCCUGUUUGGAAUAUGCCCGGUCAUUAAUUAGUAAGAUAUUUCCCUGACUUCAGGGACCAAGUUUUGUGACCCUGAGUCUUAAUUAAUUACUAAAUGUUUGGCUAUAUUUAGAGUCAGCAUGUUGACCUCACUAAUUUCAGGUGUUUGCUAAACAGUGGGUUUUGUAGACCAAAUUCUUGCUGAGGCUGAAUUGGGGAUUAUUUGGAAAGAGAAAGCUUACUUAAAAUACAAGCACUGCAUGCGUUCUCCCUGUAGGGCCACUACUCCCUCCACCCCGAAGGAGCCGUUCUAGGAUAGGUGGCCUCCUAAUGUAUCUGCCAGAGCUGGCUCUGCUCCACGCGUAACGGCUGGCCCAGUGACUGGGCAUCACUACAAACGAGUGUACAUUUAAAGGCCGUCCACUCACUCCAAACUGGCAGGCAAAGAGAAAGGCAAGCAGCUUAGGUUUAUUUUUAAGGACAAGAAUUUCCUCAUCAGUGGGGGCACCCAAUUGGUCCCUAGGCCUUUUGCUCAUAGAACAGGGAGAGCAGUACUCAUCAGUGGUGCCCCCAUGCCACUUAGAGGCACAUCCUGAGGCAGCUGGACUUUUUUCCUCCUCCUUCUGCACCUCGUCCCAUAGUCGUCUUUGUAAAGAAUUGGCAGAUAGUGAUGGAUAACAGAGGAGCUCAAUUUCUGUUCACUGGAAGGUCAUUUUACUAGUCAACUCAUUUGGGGGGUUGGUUGGGGGAAUGAACCACUGAGAGUUUGCCAGGGUGGGAAACCCAGCUGGAAAACCAAAAUGCCUUUAGUCUUCAGUCCUAAUUUUUUAUCUUGUCUUUCUGUACGUGGCCUGGAGAAUCACAGCGCUGUCCAUGCGCCUGCUUCCGUGUGGCAGCUGGAAGCCUCAGUGUCUGUGUGGCAUGAGGAUCUUCACGCCAGAGCCGAAGGGGGAGAAACUUGGUGACUUGCCCGUUAUUCUCUGCUUUUAGCCAGAGUUAAACAGACUGAUGGGUCUGGUAGCCAGCUACUUGGCAACUCCCACCCUUCUCACCUCGUGAGAUUAAGGGCUGUGAAGAGAAAUCUAGUCUAACUCCAACAGAAAUCUGUCUCUGUUAAGUGUUUUACCUUCUGUAAGUGAAGGUGGCGGAGCCAAGAUUUUUCUUUUGAUGAUUUCCCUUGGCUGCAAAGCGAAACCAUUACCUUCCUACUGAAUUCAUAGCAUUUGAAGAUCUAAGAACUGAAUGAUAAAUAUGAGUUGCUUUUCAACUCUGUGGACUCCGGGCAGUUCGACUUUUCCUUGUACUGAGGGAUGAAUUGGUAAAUAAAACAAAAUUCGGACUGUCUGGAGAACUGAAUUUCUCAAAUAUGGAAGCACUGUCUCCAAUGCUCCCUCUUUGUCCUUUCGCUGGCAUUUCUUUCCCUCCCAGAUUUUUUAAGAAUAAUUUUUUUAAAAGAAUAUUCUUUGUCCCUCACGAGCAGAGAAAAUGUGAAACCAAAUGGUUUGCAGACUUACAACCCCCGUCACUCUGCGCCUUCCCUGACCAGUUCAUGCAGCCAGUGCCCCACUGACAGGCCCUGUGAGGCCUCCUGGGCUCUGCUUCUGCAUGAGGGGCAGUUUAAUCACCAGGCAGCCCUAAUAAGAGGAAGUGGUCUCUGUAAUGUCCAGCUGCCCUUACACAACUCCCAGCCUUCACAAAUAUGCUUAUGUUUAAAAUAGGUAGAUCUUCCUCUCAUAAGGCCAUAAAUAUGGACGGUGUCCUCACCGUGGUCACUUGAUAAUGUUCACUGGGGAACUGCUGUCUGGUGUUGAUGAAACGGUUGCCACUCCCCCAGGAGACACAGGAGGCGUUUGCUGCAUUGCAUCAUGGACCUGGUGCCAGGGAGCCCAUUCGCUGUCUGGGAAAGGCUUGUCUCAGCAACGCACCUGAAGGUAGGCAGGUAAUACCUUGUCAUGCUCACCCCUCAGCCCCACAGUUGGGUGUUUUUUGCACUUGGACAAACACUGAAGCUCUGGAAGUGACUGGUACUGUGGUCAAGUUGUUGCAAUCUACAUAUGUUUGGGAGUUCUUUAUUCUAUUAUAGGCUCAGUAAUAAUACAAGUAUUUGGGGAGGUGAGGAAGAAAGAACAUUGGCUUCUCUGCCAUAGUUGAUGUGUUGGUGCUGUUUCCCUUUGGACAUGAGCUUUGUGCAGAAAUGUGGUUUCCCGGAGGUGCGCAGACAGGGACUGCCCCAGGGACCUGCCCUGCUGCUCAGGUUUCACAGGCACAUUGCAUGAACCUGGUUUGCCAGCUGCACUAAGACCUUUGUAAGAAAGUGUAUUUUAUCAUUUUUGUCUAAGAGUAUGAGUCACCAAACCCACAAGCCACUUGAUUAUCCAGGGGGUGUUAGCAGUAAGAGCACCCAGCUUCAGUGUUCGCUGACCAGAGCUCAGGCCCUGUUCCCUGACAGCUGCCAGCGCUCCACUCAGCCAAGCUCUCUGUCAGCCCUGGGCUGGGACCAAGUGCAGGGUUCUUUCCUGCGCUGAAGAAACUGCAGAGACCCUGUGAUGGCUGGGAAUUGCAGCCCGGCAGUUGAAGUCUGUUCUGGGAGAGACACAAUUCCUGUCCUCAGGAAAAUAAAGUAUCUGGGCCCUGUCAUCAGUGCAGGGUGAGGAGAAGCCAGCCAGGUGUCCCUGCUGGUGAGUGUAAUGUGAUUACAACCUAAGUAACCCAGGCUAGGAGGCUGCCCAGGGUGAUGGGUGGCCUGGAAACCAGGAAAGGGCCAAAGAAAGACUGUAUAUGAUCAUAGAUUCAAUUUUUAUAUGUGGAAAUAUACUUUCCCUGGCUCAUUUGUAGCCUGAAAUAUGUAUAAUUAAAGUGUAUAGUAUGUGGCGAUAUGCAGGACUAAACCAUUGUAUUUUUCUUCCAAGGAUAAAUAACCCAUACCAUUGUAUUUUUAAGUAACUAGAAGGUAUAAGCUAAAGUGAGACCAAGAAUUGGCCUUGGAGACACCUGGGUGAUUUCCAGAUGGUGUUCCUCCUCCCACCCUGGAGCGAGACACUUACAGCCCUCACCACAGGUACAUAGAUUCUUGCUUCCUCUGCUUGCUGGGUCUCCAAGUGUGGUGUGGGACCAGCGGCCGCAGCAUCACCUGGGAAUUGUUAGAAAUGCAGAUUCUCAGGCCCCAUUCCUAGACCCCCUGAAUCACACACUCUGAGGGUGAGGCCAGCAGGCUGUGUCUAACAAGUCCUCUGGGAGAGGCUGAUGCUUACCCUAGUUUCAGAACCAUGGCUACUGCAUCAAGGGAUUCAGGCUGCAGUAAGCCAUCCCUGCAAAAUAAAACAUCUUCCAUGGUUUUGAUUGUAAUCCUGACAUUAAACAAAUUUUGAUGACACUAUGAACUUGAAAACUUUUUUAAAAUACUUGUGUAAAAAAAAAGUAUCUCAACUAGCUAUCCUUCAAAGUGUUAUUUUUACACCCUGAAGUCUGUCAGUAAUGUUUCUUACUUCUGCUCUUGGAAUCAUGUUACAGCUGUAUAAAGAACAUUGCUCAGUAUUAAAGAAAAACAGAGACCAUGA